GUGAUGUUUUUUGCACAUCACUAACAACGAUGUUGGCAAAUGAAACGAACAAGCUGCUGCUUUCCUCGCAGCAGGAAAAGCCAAAUCACUACACCUACCUGAAGGAGUUCCGCGUGGAGCAGUGCCAGUCGUUUUUGCAGCACAAGUGCAACCAGCAUCGCCCCUUCGUCUGUUUCAAUUGGCAUUUUCAAAACCAGCGUCGGCGUCGUCCAGUGCGAAAACGCGAUGGCACAUUCAACUACAGUGCGGAUAACUAUUGCACCAAAUACGACGAAACCACUGGCAUUUGUCCCGAGGGCGAUGAAUGCCCCUACUUACACCGCACUGCUGGAGACACCGAAAGGCGAUACCAUCUGCGCUACUACAAGACAUGCAUGUGCGUCCACGACACCGACAGCCGUGGAUACUGCGUCAAGAAUGGACUACACUGCGCCUUUGCCCACGGCAUGCAGGACCAGCGCCCACCGGUUUAUGACAUCAAAGAGCUGGAGACCCUGCAGAACGCAGAGAGCACACUGGACAGCACUAAUGCUCUGAAUGCCCUGGACAAGGAGCGCAAUUUGAUGAACGAGGAUCCCAAGUGGCAGGACACCAACUACGUGCUGGCCAACUACAAGACAGAGCCCUGCAAGCGCCCACCGCGCCUGUGCCGCCAAGGAUACGCUUGUCCACAGUACCACAAUAGCAAGGACAAACGUCGCUCGCCCAGGAAAUACAAGUACAGGUCCACUCCUUGCCCCAAUGUCAAGCACGGCGAGGAAUGGGGAGAACCGGGUAACUGCGAGGCCGGCGAUAACUGCCAGUACUGCCACACACGCACCGAGCAGCAGUUCCAUCCGGAGAUCUACAAGUCGACCAAGUGCAACGAUGUCCAACAGGCCGGGUACUGUCCGCGCAGCGUCUUCUGCGCCUUUGCCCAUGUGGAACCAUGCUCAAUUGACGAGAAGGCGCGGGAUCACACGGUGUCCCUAAGCGAGCUUAUUUCCAAUGCGUAUCCUGAUUUAAAAGCCCAGGAUGCGUUUCAAAGGGGCGAUAAUUUGUUGAACAUUGAUGGUAAUAGCACCAAUAAAAUGUUGGUAGACGCUUUGGAAAACACAACAAAUUUCAGCAAAUUUUUAAGUUUCUCACGACCCCUGGACAGUCGUUCAGCUUGCUCACUGGACGAUCCGCGCGAGAACUCAUUGUCGGCGAGUCUGGCCAAUACUAGCUUAUUAACACGUUCCUCGGCGCCAAUUAACAUUCCUAAUACGACUCUAAAUAACUCAAUUAACGAUUUUAACUCAGGUGGCUUCGCCGUCAACAUUCCCAGCAGCUCGCUCCCCUACAGUCCCACCAACCAUGCCAAUCUCUUCAACGUGGACGCCUUCAACUAUGGCGGCUCAAACAAACUCAGCAAUUCCCUUUCGGCCACCCAGAAUGAUAGCAGUCUCUUCUUUCCGUCGCGCAUUAUAUCGCCUGGAUUUGGUGAUGGCUUGUCGAUUAGUCCUUCGGUAAGGAUAUCCGAAUUGAAUACCAUACGCGACGACAUCAACAGCAGCUCGGUGGGAAAUAGUCUAUUUGAGAACACUAUUAAUACGGCCAAGAAUGCGUUCAGCCUGCAAUCUCUGCAGUCGCAAAACAACAGCGACCUCGGCCGCAUCACCAAUGAGCUGCUCACAAAGAAUGCUCAAAUCCACAAGUUGAACGGACGCUACGAGGACAUGGCAUGCAAGCUAAAGAUCGCGGAGCUCCAUCGGGAUAAGGCCAAGCAGGAGGCGCAGGAGUGGAAGGAGCGCUAUGACUUAGCACAGAUACAGCUCAAUUUGCCAGCAGAGCUUCGGGACUUGUCCAUACAGAAAUUGAAGCAAUUGCAGUCAAAGCUGCGCACCGAUUUGGAGGAGGUCGACAAAGUAUUAUAUUUAGAAAAUGCCAAGAAGUGCAUGAAGUGCGAGGAGAACAAUCGCACGGUAACUCUGGAGCCGUGCAACCACCUGUCUAUCUGCAAUACAUGCGCUGAAUCGGUCACCGAGUGUCCCUACUGUCAGGUGCCGGUAAUAACCACACACACCUAGAACAUGUUUUAUCAGCAACAGGACCACAAGUGGCCCUUUGGCUGAAAAUCGGAUAGGAAAGGGGAUUCCGAUAGGAUAUGAAUGGAUCAUGGGGAUCAAGACCGCGAACAGCAUGACAAUGUGGUACUCACAAAGCAAACUUUAGUCAUAAGCAAAACGUUGAAACUUUUGAUCAGUUAGGAUUUGACACAAGCCUACUACUUGUGCAAGUGGCAAGGAAUAUAUAAUUUAUAUUUUCAAUCUACGCAAAAUAUGCAAAUUAUCGUCAUGAAUAUUAGCAAUUACUAGGCACAAACUAUUAAUUGAAUUAGAUAGCAACUCUAAGCAAAUAAGUAUAUAAUUUUAUUUUUGUUUAUUUUUUCUCAAAUCGAAUACAGGAAAAAACAUUUUAAAUUGAUUUUUUACUAUGCUUUAUGUAACCAACUCUUUUAAUUUUGUUUAAUAUUCAGUGUUUAGGCAUAUAUAUUUUCUAAUUUACUGCACGAAUUUGCAAUGUCUCAUUUAUUUUUUUUUUACCCACAUAUAUUUGUGUAUCUCUAU